GGUAAAAACGAUGGUUACAAAAAGGAGGGUAAAAACGAUGGUUACAAAAAGGAGGGGAAAAACGAUGGUUACAAAAAUGAGGGGAAAAACGAUGGUUAUAAAAAUGAGGGGAAAAACGAUGGAUAAAAAUAAUGGUUACAAAAAUGAGGAUAAAAAUAAUGGUUACAAAAAUGAGGAUAAAAACGAUGGAUACAAAAACGAUGAUAAAAACGAUGGUUACAAAAACGAUGAUAAAAACGAUGGCUACAAAAACGAUGGUAAAUACAAUGAUAAUUACAAUGGUAAAUAUAAUGAUAAAUACAAUGAUAAUUACAAUGGUAAAUAUAAUGAUAAAUACAAUGAUAAAGAUGGGGAAGAAAAAUUUAAAUGUACUGCAGUAAUUUUGCUUCUCAACAACCCAGGAUAUAGUGAGUCUAAGGAAUUCUGGCUUGGUCGUAAAUAA